GGGGCGCGGGCGCGGGAGGCGGGGGCCUGGGGCUGGGACCCACGCGGCGUGCGGCCCGCCCGGCCUGCAGCGCUCGCACCCCGCGGCGGCACCAUGCCCUUUGACUUCAGGAGGUUUGACAUCUAUAGGAAAGUGCCCAAGGACCUCACCCAGCCAACGUACAGCGGGGCCAUCAUUUCCGUCUGCUGCUGCCUCUUCAUCCUCUUCCUCUUCCUCUCGGAGCUCACCGGCUUCAUAACGACAGAAGUUGUCAACGAGCUGUACGUCGAUGACCCAGACAAGGACAGCGGGGGCAAGAUCGACGUCACCCUCAAUGUCAGCCUGCCCAACCUGCACUGUGAAUUGGUGGGGCUGGACAUCCAGGAUGAGAUGGGCCGGCACGAGGUGGGCCACAUUGACAACUCCAUGAAGAUCCCGCUCAACAGUGGGGCCGGUUGCCGCUUCGAGGGCCAGUUCAGCAUCAACAAGGUCCCCGGCAACUUCCACGUGUCCACGCACAGUGCCACGGCCCAGCCCCAGAACCCGGACAUGACCCACGUCAUCCACAAGCUCUCCUUUGGGGACACGCUGCAGGUCCAGAAUGUCCACGGGGCCUUCAAUGCCCUUGGGGGAGCGGACCGCCUCGCCUCCAACCCCCUCGCCUCCCACGACUACAUCCUGAAGAUCGUGCCCACCGUGUACGAGGACAUGAGCGGCCGCCAGCGCUUCUCCUACCAGUACACUGUGGCCAAUAAGGAGUACGUCGCCUACAGCCACACGGGCCGCAUCAUCCCGGCCAUCUGGUUCCGCUACGACCUCAGCCCCAUCACGGUCAAGUACACGGAGAGACGGCAGCCGCUGUACCGGUUCAUCACCACGAUCUGUGCUAUCAUCGGCGGGACCUUCACGGUGGCCGGCAUCCUGGACUCCUGCAUCUUCACCGCCUCCGAGGCCUGGAAGAAGAUCCAGCUGGGCAAGAUGCACUGAGCCGGGGCCGGCCUCCCGCGGGCGUGGGGAGCGCGGCU